GGCCCGCCGCUUUUGGGCUUGGCUUUGCCGUCCCGCAAAGGCCAAAUUCACUGGGCCCCGCUCUUUCAUCGCCUGCUCCUCUCAGCCGAUCCAAAAUACAAAGCGGCCAGCAAGAAAAACUGCGAGAACCGACGCGCCACAGCUAGGUUAACCAAUACUCGGCACCGAACGAGUUCGCUCCUGCACCGGUACGCGGCCCGCGUCGGUAGAUUUUUUUGCUCUCCGCGGCGCUGGAUGCCGCGCGCGCGCCCGGUGGGCGGGACCAGCGACUGCGGGCGCGCGACAUGAGAAAAAUAAUUGCGGCGCCCCGUUCACUCAUCCUCCCGCAGGCCUAAAACGACGCCCCGCGCGGAGCGCGGACGCCACACAACCAUGGCGAACAACAACAACGGCCAGCACGACUUCAUCGAGUUCGUCUGCAAGCCCGUCGAGGACCUCUACCUCGCCUCCGGCGAGCGGCGCGCCGUCCGCAUCAAGAAGGGGACCGAAUAUAGGUGCUCGAUGCUCCGGGACCAGCACUUCUCGUCAUUAUUUCGCCACUACGGCAAGCACAACGGCGUCGACAAGGAGACCUUGGUCUUCUUCUUCACGGAGGAGCUCAUGCAGGAGCUCGAGGGCUCCGACACGCCGCGGAGCGUCCACCUGCGCAAGAACGACGUCAUCGUCAUCCGCCACCGGAGGGUGCCCAAGCCGAACGAUUUAGUGGUGCGGUUGGAUUUGCGGGGCGACGACGCUUUAUCAUUGAUCCACGCCUACCCGAAAGCUAGAUCACUGCAGUCCGCGGACGGCCGGACGGCUUUACAUCAUUUGGCUCAUAGAGGAGGCGACACGGCGCUCGCGACGAAGCUAUUGUUGCUGGGCUGCAACCCCUGCACGCUCGACAACUACGGCCAGACGGCCGAGGCCAUCGCCGUGGAACGGAGACACCCCGACCUGGUCCAGAUCCUGAAGCUCCACGAGUUCAAGCGCCAGAUGGCCGUUAUUAGGGCCCACUUCGUGCGCCAGGCGUCGGGGCCGCAGGCGGGCCAGAAGCGCAAGCGCGAGCUCUUCUCGGCGGCGCGGACCGGCGGCGACGACGGCGAGGCGGCGCGGCACGAGGCGGCCGUGCGCUUCCUCUUCUCGACGCUUGCCAACGGCAACCAGGCGCAAAACUUCAUACGUGUCGUGCGCUACCUCUACGCGUGAGCCCGCGCGCGCGUCGCCGUAAUUCUCCUUUUACUACAUACGUUUAACAUACCCUAGCCCCGCGUCGAUGGCGUCUUCCUGCAGUGACGCCGUCGGCGCGAUCCCGA